AUGACCAGAAUCCAGGGCUCACCGAAGCAAAAGCUCAAAUCGUCCGUCCAGCGCUCCCUUCGCCAGGGCCUUCUCGACACAUACCCUCUUCUCAACCCCUACAUCGACGAGAUCCUGCCCAAGAAGGCCUCCCUCUCAAGCAUGAAGCUGACCGACCGUAACACCCUCUACGUUCUCGACUCGACACCUCUCUUCUACCAACAGGAUCUCACUGGUAUCCUCGUUCCCCACCUCCGCCUCGUACACCGUUUUCCUCAAGCGUUCCCAAGCAUUCGUAUAGACCGCGGUGCCAUUCGCUUCGUCCUCUCAGGCGCUACCCUCAUGGCCCCUGGCUUGACUUCCCCAGGAGGCAGACUGCCUGCUGAUGGUGUCCCCGAGGGUCUACAAGAGGGCAAGGAGAUGGAACAAAAGAUGGACGAGGAGGGACGAUGGACCAGGGAGCUUGUCAAGGGUGAGCCUGUGGUUGUCAUAGCUGAGGGCAAGGAGGAGGCUUGCGCAGUGGGAACACUCGUCGUAGGAACCAAGGAGGUCAAGGCCAAGGGUAAAGGGCCCGUGAUUGAGGACGCUCAUUAUUUGGGCGAUGGACUGUGGAACUUGAGCACUGAGUAG